CCCUUUCGUCCAACCGGCAACAACAACAACAUGCCUUGGCGUCCAUAGCAAUACAAUUUGCCAACAAUUUUUUACAGAUUUCUUCCAAAUAAUGAACACCGAGGGAAACAUUUAACGAUAUUUACACAUAAAAAUCUUUCAUAAAGGUUAAUUCGGUCAAAACAAAGUUUCUGAAUUGUCAAAACACUGAUUUUAUGCACAAACAUGGAUGUAGAUAGUGAAACGUCAAAAGUUGAAAAUGAUGAUGUUAGCGAAGACAAACCGCGAUUAGAGCCAACAGGGGGAGACGAGGAACCCGUCGAGGAAAGCAAGAAAGACGAGGAAAAUGAUGAAGAAAAGGCUGAUGAUAAUGAAGGGCUUGAUGGUCUCGCUAUCUUUGCGCAACAACUCAAUGACAGAGAUCGGUUAGUCCUGUAUGACAAAGCAGUCAGACUUAAGAGGAAAGGUAGCUUUACCAAUGCAUUGCAAUGCUUUUUAUGCUGCCUGCAAGGACUAAAAGAAAGGAAUCGUUUUCCAGUCUUGCCCGAGUGCUUGCAUCAUAUAGCAGACAUUUACAGCAAACAAGAGGACUAUGAAACUGCCAUCCAAUUUGCUCAAGCAGAAAAACUAUAUUAUGAGACAGCAUUGAUCACAAUUAACAGAGAUGAGAAACCUGAACCAUGGGACAGCAUUCCUUACAGAAAACCUGCAAGUAAUAUCAAUACUACUUCACAAGAUCAAACUUUUACCCAAACUGCAGUCUCAGAAGAAGCAAGGAAGGCUGACGAGUACGAGAAACUAGCUCACAUGUGUUUAAAGCAGAAAAAUCCACAACUGGCUCUAGACUACUGUGCRAAGGCAGUGAAACUCCAGCAGGCAUGUUAUGGAGAACAACAUCCAACAACUCUUCAAACCCUUGAUCUUUUCACUGUUAUUUAUGCUGAGAUGGGAAAACAGCAGUAUAAAGCCGCCAUGGAGAAGUUCACAGCUGCACAAGAAAAAGAACAACAGACCAAACAAUCACAACAAAAAGAAAAAGAGGAUAAACCUGAAGAAUUGAAGGAAAGUAAUGCCAAACCAUUGAAGACGAAUAUCAAGUCAGCUGGUGACGGUGAAGUGCAACAACAAAGUAACCCAAGAACAGAUGACACAGUUGAGAUAACUCUGACACCAUCCUGGGCAGUGGUGUUAUACCUAGCGAUCACAGUUAUAAUAACCCUUGUCAUGACGGCAAUACUGUGUUAUAUCACUGACACAGAUAUACAUACCACAUAUAGUUACAUGGUUAAAAGGCUCAAGUUUUACUAUUAUUAUUACUAUUCAAAAAGACAACCCAGUGGUGGUACCCAGUAUUUUUAGAUUUUUAUGAAUGCAUCAAAUGCUUUACAUUUUUACACUUGGAACACUUGUUCUGUAACUUAGAUUUAUGCAUAUUUUCAUGUUCUCAAACUGCAAUAAAGUUUUAACUUAAGAAUCAGCA